GAAGCGCGGGGUCGCGUUGCCGUUCAAACUGCCCAAUCGCGGCAAAAGGGAGCGUGUGCUACGAGAAUGGCGGCGUAAGUCGCGCGCCGCUUUUGCGCUCUCUGGAAAAACGGCACGGCGUGAGCAACGCCGACUUCGGAACUCGACCGGUUCCGUUUUUUCUCCGGCUCGCCCCGCUUCCGGAUGGAAGAGUGCCGCUGCUCGUUCCUGCUGCUGCCGGCUGCGCGUUGCCGGUGAACGCGGUGUGCGCGCUAGUGCACGUGCGGCGGGCUGUAUCGCUUGCGGCGCUGUGAGAUCGCGACUGGACCCGACGACAGGUGCUGCGGAUUUUCUCGCGCCUUCGUGACUGACUCGCGGUUGUUCGACUACACGGUUUUAUCUGGGGCUAUUUCAGCUCUGCGAGGAUUAAACCGCAAGACCGACGCUCGGCCCGCCUGGUGUCUUCCCUGCAACUUGCACUUUCCGGAGGCGCAUUUGAGUGUCCGUUUGCAUGUGUGCCGGCUCCCCCGCCGAGGAUUACGUAACCAGGACGAGCGGAUAAGAACUUCGCCCGGAAGCAGUCCGCGCCUGGUGCGAUCGUCGUCAGCCUGCCGAGGAAGAAGCGGAAGAGGAGGAGGCGGGGGAGGAGGACUCGCGUCAUCGUUGUCGCCCUGGAUCGACGCGCGCCGUACAACUCCGAGCCGCCUGGCUAAGCACUGCCGUAGAACACCGGCUCGAAGAGCAGCGGCCCAAAGCUGACUGCGCAACGGAGAGGUUUCAAGAUUUCAAGGAGAAAAUUCAAGCAUGAGGCCCGAAUACUACUGCAUCUGCCCUCUGAUCGCAUCUUCCAAGGACGGCUGCGAGAUUCUGAACUGAAAGUGUAAGGAAACAGCAUCGCCUCUAUUGAAGAAGAGAAAGAGCUGCGAGGGUUGAGCCACGAUGACUUGGGAAGGUGUGGUGACACUUCGUAAGAAAAAGAAAGGCGACUAACCGGGACGAGAAGGAGAGGCCAGCGCGGAGAAGCUAUGAAGCAGGAGUCCUGCGAUGGCGAUGUCCUGCUGCGGCCUAGAUCGUGUUCUUCGUCAUCCACACCAGAGAGUGACUUGUGUCGAGACGACACCGACGAUAAUGGCUACUAUGACUUUCCCAUGGAUUUGCGUAAGAAGUCGCCAAAGAGCCCUGACUACCCCUCAGGUGAGGAUGAAUGUGAAGAAGGGGAGACGAUGACUGCGGUCAGGCGACGCCCCAUUCACCCGGUGGCGCUUAACCAUGCUUGGCAGAAGAUACUUCUAAACGCUCUGCCGGCACCGGCCGUUGCUGCAGCCUUCCAACAUGGUGCCAAGAGGCAUUCGGAACUCAGUUCCAGACUCAUGGAUGUCGGUGAACAGAAGUUAAUGCCAGCUAUUAUGACACGAAUGAGCGAUAACCCGUGCGCAGUUGACCGGCCGUGCCAGGAUGACAAGGAAAAUCGCUGCGCUUGCGCUUGCCGCGGACGAAAAGACGGUAGUCCCGGGAAUGACCUACUGGACUUGCGGAAAGAGCCAGCCAAACCGGAGGCACAAGGGCGGGGUCCUCUCAUGAGUGGCCCGUACCGCACAGACAAAGACUCCAACCCAACGCUCAUCAGAUUUCUCGAGUCGCGUGCGCUCUCUCCUCAGCAGCAAAGGCACGAAAACGAUACUCCGGAGGACUUAUCGUCACACAAGUCAUCCCUCCCUGAAAUCCAGGACCAAGACAAGCACAACAACCACCAAGACCAGGCAGUCAAGAGGGCAGCGAGCUGUUCAAAGCUCUUCGAGAUCACCAGUGAAAGCCUCGUCGAACGACUGAUGCGGGCGCGCUGUAAGUCUGACAGCGAAAUACAAAACCGCCUCAACAGCGGGGCUAUGAGGCCUGUGAGCAACGAAGAAUUUUCGAUGUCCUCGCCACCACCCAGGGAUCAGCGCUCACCAUCUCUGACGCUAAAAAGAAGGAUACUGGGUGGAAUAUCAACCCCAGACCGAUGUACUGGCAAGGACGACGACGAGGUUGACAGCAAGCAGCCCCGAGUUCGUAUCGAAACCAUCUCCAAACCAAGCUCACGACCGUGCUCACCAGUUUGCGACCCGAGGGCACCACAGGAAACGCUCUUGCAGCAGCUGCGGCAUUUGGCGCCCGCAGCGCUUCCCCUAAGCAUCUACGCUUACUACACGCAGAUUAUGCAACGGCUACAUGAGCACGAGCUUCUCAAGCGGCACCUCGAAGGCAUAGCCGCGUCCGGUGUCAUGCCGAAUCCGCUUCUCGUGCCGGUGACCAUGGCCUCGUCCGUGACGCCCGGGCUGGAACCACUCGAAGAGCACGAAGAACUAGGAGCGGCAGCCGCGAACCACCUCGACUCGUACAACUGUGGGAUGCGCAAGAGAGCCCCGCGCGCGCUGACGGGCAAGCACGUGAAACACGGCACCGGUGCCAGUCCAUCGACGCUGCUAACGCUCCGGCAGAAGAUCCAGGAGCGCCAACGAGCCCGCCAGUUAGGCCUGCUCGAGCCCGCCGCACGUACACUCAAGGGAACCAGGAAGAAUUUCGGCAAAGGUUCCUCGAACGGGAAAAAACAGGCUGUGAAGAAGUGAGCGCGAAUCAGCGUUUGUACCAGACAGCGCCAACGUAGUAGCUCGCAAUGUGGACUGCGUAAAUAAGAACAGCUAAAGAGACACACCUUUUCAUGAACGCUAGGCGCAAAAGCUAUCGACAUCGUCUGACAAGCUAUGGAUGACUAAGACGAACAAACCAUUAUUCUUUUUCACCUACUUUAUGAAAGAUUUCACUGUUUUCUUUGACCCAGGCGGCCCCGCAGAGCGCAAUGACACUUGACCACCGACAUCGAGACAGGGACAAAAAGUCGUCGCUUAAUGAUGGACUGAACGUGACAUUAGAGUGUUAAGCUUUUGCAUCACAGUGCUGAAGCAAAGUACAAUCGUACUAGAGGACCUUCUUAGCAACGAAGGGUUUGCGCUUCUGCAACUUAAUUUCACUGGACGCUGUACGCUUUUGAAGACUGGUCGCAGAUUCAAUGUCUCCCACAGCCAAAGAUACGAUGGCAGUUUGAUACGAUUGCAUACAUCGUCUAUAAGAAUGGAUAAACCAUUACAAUUUCUCUAUUUCGAAUGCACUAUAGUCGUGUUUGGCAUCAUAAGAAACUGUCGAUUCAUAUUUUAUAAAAGCAUUCCACGUAAUACUUCCCGCUUCCAAUAGAUCGUUCAACUGGACUGCAGAUGAUGGGAAGAAAACAUAAUUUUCUUUGCAUAGCAGAGGCUAGCUUUCUAACUUAAAGAAAAAUUAAAAAUUAUUUAUGUACUGAUAGGAGGCACCAAAAUAUUUAAGCACUGUCACGCGUCUUCUAUCAAUCAUGAACACUGCCAGAAGGCAAUAUUUAAAAAGCUUUUAUGAACUGUAAAAGAAAAGCCCAUGCCAGAAUAACUACCCGGGGCCCAGAAAGCAAAACAAGCCAUUUCUCACCACAAGACGCCUUCGCUUUCUUGACAAAAGUUAUCUUAGUAGGCACUUCUUUCAUGUUGCAAAUUAUAUAUUUAUGCUUUGUGUUUCUUCCACAGUUACCGACCUCUGCUCAACCUUUGUACGUCAGGAAAGGACAGCUCUAUUAUAUUUGCAACCAUUUCAUGAAGGGUGUAAAAGAAGCAAAGGUGAAAUGAAAAACUCCUCUGCCGCGCAAGGAGGCUAACUGCGAAGCGAUCAGAGCACGCGCAAUCAGAGCACGCGCUUCCGGCCUGUGAGCUGCUUGCUAGAACUUGAUUGUGUUAAACUGCGUGUAAUGAGUGUAUCAACGAAUCGCUGACGCGCCACAAUGCGUUUAGCACGGUACUUUCUUUUCUCAAAAGCGUGCAAAAAAAGGGUACGUGUAUCAGCACGUGCAUCACAUAUUAGCGAGCAUAGUUUAUAAGUGGUAUGCUAUCUACACUGCGUACCCGCCUCCCUCAUGUGGGAAGCACCUGUUGCAAAAACAAUUACUUCCACAUUCCACACCUGAGGCACAAACUGCGUCCAAGUUCAACUAGGUUUUUAUGUAUCGGACAAGGUACAAAUGCCGUCAGAGUGCUAAGAGAGUGUGCUGGCAUGUUCCCCUCUACCUAUUCUGUUUCAGUCCCGUUUUGUUUCCGUAAUUAUGGUUUAAAAGCAUUUAUGCAUGUAGACUGCAUAUUGUGUUUGCCCUUCUAUGUUACAUUACUACAACAUUCCACUCGAGUGUUCCUCUAUGUUUAGUCUCUUGCGUCAUCACUCAUGCACAGCAGCAUGUUUCUCCUUAUAAUUCGCAUGCACACUGAUCGCUUGACACCCAGUUGUCAUGCGCUGACAGAGCGUCUUUGGGACUGUUCUUACAAAAUUACCUAUUUUGAGGUUUUUUUAUUCAUGAGCCUUUUGGCGCACGGUGGCUGGCGCUUGUUAAACGACGAUAAUGCUGUUUAUUUGAAAUUUAAUUUUCCAUAUCACAAUAAAAUGUUCGCUCUAGGCUCUUUCGUUGUCUAGGAAGCCGCAGUUGGCUAAUGAAAAUGCGAUGUUAAGUGUAAUCGUAACAGUGAACGCAAUGUUUUGUUAAUGGUACAGCACUGAUGACUGUUAGCCCACUUCCGUCCCUAUUAGCAUCCUUUUUCCCCCAGAAAAUACAAAAGUAGCACCCUGCAUAGUGUCGUUAUUCUGCAAAUAUUAUGGCAUUUAUUUAACCAGGUUUUGGAGCAUAUGAGCAGCUGGAUUGCUAGCAGAUGGAAUUUAAUGUUUGCGUAUAUAUUCAGUUAUAUUUUUUCUGUUUAAUUACGUUGUUGAAAACAAGUAAUUCAAAAUUGUAUGAAGUACAGCUGUCAGUUGCUUACAAAGGGUGAAAGUCGCGAACUUUUUUAAAAUACAAGCUUACGUAUUCAGUACACAAAACGUGUAUUAAAAUAUUAGUAUGAUAUCAUUAGUCAAGGAUUAGUGGCAUGCUUCUUGCUGCAAGUUGGCACAAGCAAAAUUGGCAUGAAGAAACCGUACGCACCCGCACAUUCGAGAAAAGGUGCAGCUUCUCUGCUGCAGAAUACACGUUUUUAAAAAUUCUGUUAAAAUAAUGCUUCUCUGGAAUCACGUCAUACUGUUGCAUAGGUUGCUGGAUGGUUGCAUUGCAAUCAUAAAGCAGCUUGGUGGCUGUGGAAUCCAAUAUAUGGAGGCAUUCUAUUUUGGAAGCCCGAGUAACCAUGAUAACAGUAUGACUAUUCUAUAACUACUAAUGAACUUAUCCAUGCGACCUGGCUGCUACGCACAAGUUUAAAGUGAGGAAACUUAUAGAAUUGGUUAAAGUGCACUUGCCUAGUACUUAUGAGCUGAGUUCGUCUACGAACCAUACGGAAGGAAACGUUAUCAGAAUGCCAUACUUGUUGAUUAGUGUGCAUUUGUAAUAACGUAAUAUAAAUGUAUUUACUACUUCAUUGCAAUCAAUACGCAACACCACAAGACUGAGGCUACAUGCGCCCUUUGUUUUUCUGUGAAGACAUGCUCACAACCCACCGUCCUUAAGAUUAAACACACUGCAAUGCCUUCAGUUGAAUAUUAUGAAAUUCUGUUGUGGUCAUUUUAUGCGUAAAACACUCCUAUUGUUCACUUGUGCAACAAUUUGACAUCGCUAAAUGAUGAGACCGAUAUUCUUUCAGCUACGAAUUCGUUACCACCUGCUCUCGCGAUUUCACAAAAUAUUUUCUUCAACGACGCAACUUAAAGUUAUUGUCCCUUAAAGGCUGUGCGAAUUUCAAGAGAUUUCUUUUGUUUUUAUGUGUGAUGGGGAUGGAAGCCAUUAUGCUAUUUGGGUUCUUUCUGUCUACAGCUGCCGGCAGUGAAAUGUCAAUUGUGAAAGAAAAAAUAUUUUUCUACACGCGUUUCUGUAAAUCUUUGUGUGCGUCCUACAUUGUAUUUAUAUUGUAUCUUCUGUAAUAAAAUGAAUAUAUUAUCCAAA